UAGAUUCGAGUCGGCAUGUAAACAGUGUAGCACACGAGCAUGUCUAGUGCAGCAAGAGGGUUUGUAGCUAAUAGGUCAACAUAAGCCUUUCAUUAACACACAUGAAAGCCCGGUGUGGUCAUAUUUAGUGGCCAUGAAACUGUACCAGGCACUCCGUAAUGUCGACAAGUUCAGAACCGUUUUCGACUUCGGUGGACGGGACGUGGCUCAUUGGUUCCCCGGACACAUGGCUAAAGGACUGAAGCAGAUGAGAGCCAGCCUCAGGAGUGUGGACUGCAUUAUAGAAAUCCACGAUGCCAGAAUCCCCUUCUCUGGAAGAAACCCUGUGUUUCAGGAGACUCUAGAUGUCCGACCACAUGUGCUAAUUCUCAACAAGAUGGACCUUGCUGAUCUGUCCAGCAAGCAGAGAAUCCUGAAGAAGCUAGAAAAAGAUGGGGUGAGGAAUGUUCUCUUCACAGACUGUUUAAAGCAGAGACACGACAACAUCAAAAAGUUGGUGCCAAUGGUGAUGGAAAUUAUUGGAAGCACACCACGUUUUAAUAGAGAUGAGAAUACAAAUUAUUGCCUGAUGGUGAUUGGAGUGCCCAAUGUGGGGAAGUCAUCUCUUAUUAACUCUUUAAGAAGAACAAACUUGCAGAAAGGUCGUGCAUCUCGAGUAGGCGGGGAGCCAGGUAUAACUAAAGCCGUCCUGACUAAAAUUCAGGUGUGUGAGCGACCCAUAAUGCACCUGUUGGACACACCAGGAGUUUUGCCUCCUAAGAUUGAGAGUGUCGAAACAGGCAUGAAGCUGGCUUUAUGUGGAAGUAUACUGGACCAUUUGGUUGGUGAAGACAUUAUUGCUGACUACUUACUCUAUUCUCUGAACAGGCUGGGAAAGUUCAGUUAUGUGGAGAAAUACGACCUUCAAGAGCCCAGUGAUGACAUCCAGUAUCUCCUCAAACGCAUUGCUGUCAAACUUGGAAAGACCCAGCGGGUCAAAGCCAUUACAGGAGUGGGAAACAUUACCGUCACUCUCCCAAACUACACAGCAGCAGCGUACGAUUUCAUAAGAGCCUUCAGGAAAGGAGAGCUGGGACGAGUAAUGCUGGACUGACCUGAGCUGUUUUACAAGGUAACGGGAGACUGUUGCUGGAUUUUGCCAGUUUGUCUUGAGUCUGGAAGGAUUUCUAUUCAACCACAAAGGUUGUCAUCAAGGAAAUAUAGUCCAGCUCCGCCCUCGUGUCUCAGACAUCUUGGGGACAUGAUGUAGUCUGUUUUUGUUUGUAAAAAGUCACAGUAUCCUUUGUAAAUAAAAGAAUUUAAUUUGA